GGAAAUGCCAUGUUCACCAUUUCUUAUCGCUUUCCAUUAGAUCAGCUUCACGCCUCAUCAUUGUAUCUGAUUCUUUUUAUGAUUACAUAUAAUACCCAUCGUCUUCAGUCUUCACCAUGGAUAAAUGCUGGUUCACCCUCGACAACGCACACUACCCACCGCCUUCCCUCGACAGCAUGCGUUCCGGCCACCCCAUCUCGCCCGCCUCCCUAGGCCAUCUCAUCCCCUCCCUCGCCCAUCUCGACCAAAUAAUCAACGCCAAAGCCAUCGAGCCCUUCCCAGCCACCAUGGAUAUCCACGGUCCCACCAUAAUAGAAGACUUCAAGUGGGACCACUCCCACGAGUACUCGCUCUCGCUAGGAGGCAAAGUCCCCAUUCCCCUCGCCCCGGCUGGUGUCCCCUUUGUGGACCUAAACGUCGGUUUGGGAGGGGCCUUCAGCAGGAGCGUAGCCAAUUACUGGGAGUUCGACCGGCUCGAGAGGUACAUUAUGCAGCCGACGAGGAGUUAUGUGCAGAAAUGUAUUGAGCGGGACGAGGUGAAGCGGUGGAUUGCAAAGAACAAGAGCAUGAUGAUGAUGGGCAGGUGGGAGGUGUACAUGAUUACAGGCAUCAUUGUGGCGAGGGGAGGCGGCAGGAAGAAGAAGGAGAAGACGACGGGGAAGGAGUUUUCGGUGGAGGUUACAGUGGAAGUGCCGCUUAUCGUUGAGGCUGGACCAGGGGGUAAGAGGAAUACGGCGAGGCAGAAGACGUGGGGUACGAGUCAGACGGGUGACUUUGUCUGGGCAGUGAGGUUGGCUAAAAUCACUAAGAGCGGGUUGCACUCGGACUGGAAGAUGGAGACGGUGUUUGGAAAGACAUCAUCAUUUCGCGGGCAAAAGGCCAUUUUCUGAAGGAACUCAAGAGAGAGGGGCGGCCUCGUGGAUUCGCUGUAUCGGAACAAUGAACUUCAAGUGAACUUGCUGAUCGUGUACUUACCUAUCUCAGGAUAAUACCUUCAGGAAAACAGGAGAUGGUAGUUGAUGGCAAUCAUGGACUGAGAUGUUGGGCCUCAUGAGACUGGGUUUCGGCAUUUGGCAAGGCCUGGGUUGUAAGUUGUGAAUUUAGAAAAUAUCAGUGGCUUGAAUCUAACUAGGGUGCUAUCCGAUUUGUGUUUUGGG